AUGGCUAGCCCAUCUGUGCUAGCUUUCGAUGCUGAGGGCCGCCCAGUGAAGUUUGACACCUGGCUAGAUGACCUGCACCUCUAUCUACAGCUCACUGCCAAGGACGACAUCUCACUGUACGACCACGCCCUAGGCCAUGUCACUCUCCCUGCUGCUACUUCUGACAGCACUGCCCGCUCACAAUGGCAGACUCGUGACGCCCACGCUCGCUUUGCUAUUCGCAACUCCCUGCCGAUAGAUGAGUGCGAGCACUUUGGUCAGCACAAGACAGCACAAGAACUGUACACUGCUAUCGUUGCCUGCUACUCCUCACCGGCCUCUGCCGCACUAGGCCGUCUCUCUCUUCCUUACCUGUUCCCCGACUUGGCCUCUUUCCACACAGUCGCUGACCUCAUUACGCACCUCCGCACUAGUGAGGCUCGCUUCCGCGCCGCCAUGCCUGAUGAGUUCCUUGCAAAGAACCCAACCCCGCUCUGGCUCACUCUCUACCACCUAGUCACCCGCCUCCCUGACACUCUUCGCUCACGGCAAGGGGCAAAGGGGGCAAGGGCGGUGGCGGUGACGGCGGGGGAGGCAGUGGUGGGGGCGGUGGCGGCGGUGGGGGUGGUGGCGGGACUGGAGGGGCUAGUGGUAGCGGUGGGGGUGGUGGCAGCAGCGGCGGGGGAGGUGGCAGGGGCGGAGGCGGUGGUGGGGUUGGCGGUGGACGCGGCGGCGGCAAGGGUUGGGGUGGUCGAGGAGGUGGCGGCGGCGGUGGUGGUCGUGGAGGCGCUGGCGGUGGCCAGGGCCAGCAGCACACUCUGUCGCCCCAGGAGGUGCUGGUGA